UGAAGGGUCUAAAAAUUGAACGGCAAAACCGAUGAAAAGAAAGGCAGACCUGAAUAUUGUUCAAAGGUGCAUGUGAGAGAUCAAUAGACUUCUGAACAAUUGUCAUGCAAGGUCACAACCAAGAACCUUUGACUUGCCCAGGAUCGACUGAGAGCCAAGCAGCAAUAUGACCAGCCGUGGAUAUUAUUUUGUUCUUGCGGUCUGCAUUUUAUUGGGGUCCUGUGUUCUUUUACAAGCAAAAGAUACAAAUAUAUUGAAACGAGCCAAGAGGAAAACACCAACAGUAUAUGACAUCUAUGCACUCAAUCACUUCAUUGAACUCGUAGAGAAGAUCGAGAAGAAUGUGACUAAACUUUACGACGUAGCGACCUACAUUCGACAGGUUGGCUACGACAACGAUUACUGGACCACUGUAAUUGGAACUGCACUUCCCUURCCAAGCGGUAUCUUAUCAAGAACAGAAAUUGAUGUGCUCCGAAACAUGGUUGCCCAUAGAUACGAUAGGUCACGUGARRUGGGAGUCAUUCUCACGCCCGCUGGUAAAACAAUCGCCAUUGGUCACGUGAUUAACGGGAUCUGUGCGGGAAUGGUUCGGGACAAGGAAAUCACCCUUGCCAAGUGGUCGCCAGGUGCUGAAAAUGAGAUYGAUAAUCUGUUCGCAGCAACCAUAUCCAGGGAUGUUGCGCAAGCCGYRCUGGMGAAAAAGAAUGAUGCAUMYCUCCCRUACUUUGGUCCUGGUGGAUCAUGGGAUGACACCAAAUGCCCCGAGGUAUAUACGCGUUCCCCAGACGUCAGCACCGGAGCGUCGGAUGCGGAACUCCUGGGGGAUAUAGACGGGUUUCUUUUGGGAUAUUACCUUCCAAGGUGGGUAAGCAAAGGCGUGCGYCUGGGUCAGUUGCUCAGGAUGUAUUACUCGACUGGAGUCUGUUAYGACAUGUCAGUUGCAAGCUGUAAACGAUAUAGCAAGUUCAAAAGCUUGGUAGAUGGMGAGGGUUURUACGAGGAAAUAUAUGCGGUUGCUAAAGCAAUAUAUCUCAAGAACUCGGCAAGCUACCCCAAUGUUAAGAGAGAGGACAUUUCAAAGGCUACGAAAACUACUAUUGAGAAAUUCCUCCCGUACAUAGCAAAACUUCAAAACGAUCAAAAAUGUCCUGAGAAAGAGGAGGGAUGCGAGCUGCCAGCAAAUCUGGUGUUUGUGAUGGACGAGUCAACAAGUAUAAGAGAUCGCCAUUUCAAAGUUGAAAAGGAUUUUGUCAGAGAUAUUAUCGAUGCUUUCAACGUAUCACCACAGCAAACUAAAGUCUCCAUUGUAGAAUUCUCCRACAGUGCAGCCAUCGACAUCGGUCUCCAUGACUACAGUUCCAAAACGAGGCUUAAAUGUGCUGUCAAUAAUCUACGACAAAGAAAGGGUUACACCCACACUGCAGAGGCCUUGCAGUUAGUCAAGGAUGAUAUCUUUUGGCCCUUACAAAACRAUCAGGCUGCUACAACGACUAGUAAAAGCGAUGUUUCGAAUAUCGUAAUCCUAUUGACGGAUGGGAAGUCGAAUGAUCCUGAUAAGAGGGCUUUACAACGAGUGGUUAGACAAAUGAAAAACGAAAUCCGAGACCUCACGAUGAUAUCAGUGGGUGUUGGUAACUAUGACUACAAUGAACUUGAACUGAUAGCAACAGACCCUUACAAGCACGUGUUUACCGCCAACGACUUCACUGCGCUGCUUCUGUUGGUAAAGAGACUGCAAACCCGAACCUGCACAACUCCAGUCCAGAUGGAUUUGGACUUUAAAGUCGAGGGCAACAACACCAUCGUCACAGCCUACGUCUACCCAGGAAGUUUUAGAUACUUUGCGCUCGCUCCRAGGUUUUUCUACGGCGUCAAAGACAUUGAUAUUGCAAUUAAGCCCAUUUACGGCUCACUUAAGAUCUACGCAUCUCGCAUCGCUGACACACCUGGCCCUUCCAAUCAUACCUACAAACUGGAUCCGAUCGCAAUCGGCCAACAAAUGUCGCUGCACAUCUCAAACCCUUGUUCAGGAUACAACGAGACCACGUGUCCACCAGUGUAUCUUGGCAUCUACGCAGAUCAAGUUAGCUGUGCUUGUACAGAGCCCGAGUGUACCGUCCCUGGUCAAAUCAAGUUUACAAUUCAGAAAGGUACAGGUGGAGUAAAACAAGUUCAAGCGUCGCUUCUGUUCGUUCUUAUCAGCCUGGCACUGUCCUACCUUCUUUAGCUUCUUGGCGUAGUUUCUUAUACAAACACAUAAAAAGGACGUAUUAUCAUUAUGUAUCUAGUAUAGUAUAGAGCGGAUGCAAUUAAACCGUGAAAUAAAACCAAACUAAAUACUAACU